ACACUCGCUCGGACGAAGAGUAAGAGAGAAAGAGAUAGUGAGGAGAGGAUCAAUGAGAUGCUAGGUCCGCUGUGAAAAUGCUGGUCGACGAUUGCGGCAGCACGAUGGGGUGGACUUCGGCCAGCGUGCGCGGGGGUUGGUCCACCCCUGGCGGGUGUAGGAAUUCCGGGAUCAACUUCGGCGGCAGCGUGCCCUCCCUUCACCCUGCAGGCUCGAUAAGGUCCCUGCGAUCCCAGCAUUCUAUGCAGGGUAUGCCGGAGACACCGCGAAGAUGCAUGCACUGCCACCCAAUACACGUGCCGAGCACCCCGAGCAAUUACGUUCACCAUCCCAUGCAGUAUUACACGCCGAGCCACUGCCCUGAGCCAAGGAAUGGCGUGUACACUCCUCAUCGGGGCAAUUCUUAUCACGGUGAUACUCGAAUGCGUUAUAUGGACACGGAGGGGAGUAUGCACGAUGGCAUGAUGGGGAACAACAAUUGGGUGCUCGGUGAUCUGAGAAGCCUUCAUCGUUGCGUGCCAACCUUUCGUCGUCCAGGCAUAGACGGUAUGCGAACGCAUUUCUAUCCAGAGGGUGGCUGGGGGUGGUUGGUCUGCGCAGCUGGGUUCCUCGCCCUGUUGCUCACUACCGGAAUGCAGCUCGCUUUCGGGCUUCUUCACGUUCACGCCGUGAGACGAUUCGGCGAGGAACAUCUCAUGGAUCUUGCGUGGGUGGGCGCUUUGAGCGCUGCUGUCUCGCGUGGAUCGGCACCCUUGGUAGUUGGCGCGUGUCGUCGAGGAAGUACAAGGCUUACGGCGGUGAUCGGGGGUCUCGUGCUGGCAUUGGCCUCCCUCUUCACCUCUUUCGCCGCAGAAUUGCACCAGGUACUUCUUAGCUACGGCGUGGUGUUGGGCACCGGGGCUGGCCUCGUGAGAGAAACUGCCGGUCUGGUGCUGGGCCAUUACUUCAGAAAACGGCGAGAGUUCGUCGAGAUGGUCGUGCAAGCUGGCGCGGGGGUGGGGAUCGUGCUCUUCAGCGUCUUCUACAGGGAGGCAGUCGGAAAGCUGGGCUGGGAGCGUGGGAUGCAGUCGGUAACCGGAGCCCUCUCCUUGGCCUUCUUCCUGGGUUUGAUUUAUAAGAGCGCCUCUCUCUAUCAUCCGCAACGGCGGGCAAUGUUACACGUGAAAAAUCAACGAGGUGGGAAGUUGAAGGAGAAGAAGACCCCGUCGAAGCCGCCAAGGCAGCCAUGGGUGGAUCUCAGCCCUCUUGGAAGUCGCCCUGUCAGGAUGUUGAUGCUGGCUGCCGGGGCAGCCGGUUUCGGUCUUUAUACGCCCGCCUUUUACAUCGCUAUCCAGGGCCACAAAGACGGUUUGGAGGCUAGUGCGGUCGUGCUCCUGCAAACUUGCCUAGGCUUGGCAGCGGCUCUCGGUUGCGCGGCUUGGGGAGUCGUUACCGCCAGACCAUCUGCCCAAUGCUUGGUGUCCAGACAAUAUCUCUGCCAGGCGGCUCUUCUCGGAGUUGCUAUAGCUCAAGUGGCAUUGGGCAGCGUGCAAGGCUACCACGGGUUGGUAUUAGCUUCCGGUUUGUACGGUGCGUCUCUCGGUGGAGCCCUUUACUCCUUAAAAAUGUUAGCCCUCGAAAGACUAAGAGCCAGACACUUCGCACGCUCCUGGGCACUUGUGCAGGCCGCAGAAGCUUUACCUAUUCUUCUCGGAGUUCCUCUUACUGGUUACAUGAACGCGAACAGCUCGAGGGUGGGUUACUACGCGUGCACGUUAAGUUCCUUGUGCGGUGCAGCGUUACUCUUCCUGGUAGGUUGGGGUCGCCAACCGGCGUCUCCUCUUCUUCCUGGCUCGUCGCACCUCUCAAAUAUGAGCAUACCUCCGCCGUGUGCCUGUCCUCCACCGCCAAGACCGAGGUUGCCCAAGUCCCAAUCGUUACACGUGCCCCUCGACGAAGAGCAUUUCCGCGAGAGGGAGAUGGAGAGGAUGCACACUGCCGAACACUAUUACCAACCGCAAUUCUACGGGCCUUUGAGACCCAGCAAGAGCGUGCCCGAGGGUCUGAGUCAUCAGGACUCGUACAGAAGUCGGCCGAGACGGCACAGGGACGUAACUGUGAUCGAACAGAUCACCACUAGCGUUUAAUGAAUAAAGAAGAAAGGGUAAAGA